CACCUAUGUCAACAGGGUUAUGCUUUCAUGCCAAUACAGGUCUUCUCUAGGCAUUACGUGUCUUUCUAAAGUAAGUGUAUCUUGUGCCUCAUACAACAUAAAGUUACUAACUUUAAUCUAUAAUCUGAGGUUAUUUCUCACAUUUAUGCAGACAUCCAAAUCUUCCUUGUUUAGAAUUCUGAUUAUGCCUGGCAAAUUUUAAUUCCUGGAAGUAGUUAUGGCAAUCUUCUAUGGUACUACUGUAUCACAAUAAAUGUUUUGCUUUGUUUCAUCUUUAAGAUGUUGCAGUCAGUGAGGCGCAUCCUUGUGGGUGACCCUGAUGAGGAUGCUGCAUCUUCAACAGAGAGCUCAGCCCCACAUUCCCAGGCUGUUUCAUCAACAGAUGUCAUGACGUCUGACACGACACUCCAGUUCCUAAACUGCCCUACAAAAUCUGUUCGUAGCGUUGAGACUCCAUUUCACUCUUCUGUGCCAUCAGUCACAUCCAGCUCGGCGUCAAGCUCAGCAUCCAAAUCUCUACAUGUGGAACUUUUGCCCCCAUCUGAUAACUCCUCCACUUCUCUACUGUCCAAGGGUAAAGUGGAUGAGGUAAUCCACUGGUUGGAACAGAUCUUUAUUGAGAAAUUUUCAAACUUCAGUAUACAACCAACAGCAUGUGGGGCUGUGUUCAGUUCUCCACAUUUGCCCCCUGAAAACACUGUCCAUCAACCGGCAACACUGUGAAUUUUUUUAGAAACAACGAUGAGCUGACCACCACCUGAGUCAGAAUAUCAGGACUGAAGACUGGUAAAAGUUUUCUUGCUAAAUUUGGCCAACA